AGUUUUUUUCGGAAGCACCGCCCAUUGAUUACAGCUAGCUACAGCAGUGGACCUUCCCGGUAGAUUUAAAUGAACAGAAACUAGACAGCACGAGAACUAAUGGAAUACAGAGGACGAAAAGCAAUCACAAACAGGAACUGAUCUGUUCUCGACUUUUUGAGUAGGGACAAGGAUUAUUUUCAAUGGCUGUAUAACGAUUCUUGUUCGUGUACAACAUUUAAUUUUGUGAAAAUGAGACUUCGGUCUCGAAGAAUUGCUGACCCUUCACCAGCACAGUUUAACGGUCGGCGGUCCUCGAAGAGAGGCGCGCAGAGCGUAACUCCGGAAAAGGAUGAAGAUGUACAACAGCCAGACGACCAGUCACUCUACCCUGAUGAUGAUAUCCCCACCGCUACAAAGCGCCCUCUUGUUCAAGGGCGUGGGAGGAAAAGGGUGGCAGCCCCUGCCUAUGAAGACAGAGAAGAUCUGGGCUUCAAGACCCCCGUUAAUGUGCACCAUCACCGGGUGCUGUCGGAGCUAAACCCCUCCUCUCCCCUCAAUUCCACUGUGCGAAAUAUCUACUCCCCCGUGGUCCGGUUCCUCACACCUACCAAGGAAAAUGCGAGAACCCCCAGCAGUGAUGUGAUGAGCCCAGAGCAGUGUGUGUUUGGCUAUGGUUCCAUCAGCCUUCUCGCUGGAGAUGAGGACGACGAUGACGUUUUCAGCCCCUUUACCUUCAUCAAGAACAUUCCAUCCAAGUCCCAGCAAUCCAAACCGUGCGUACGAGACAUCCCACCUAAGACGAGGAGUACGCCCCAAGCCACCCUAGUUUUAGAUCUGGAUGAAACCCUCAUGUACAGCUCUCUGAACGGGAUUGAGGAUGCAGAGUACACCUUCCGCACAUGCUUCCAGGACAAUCAGUACAAAGUCUACAUGAUUCUACGACCACAUGUGAAAGAAUUUCUGGAAGCCAUGACAAAACAUUUUGAGAUGUUUGUUUAUACAUCUGCAAAGAAAGAAUAUGCAGAGAAAAUACUGGACAUCUUGGACCCAAAGAGAAGGCUGUUCCGACACCGUUUGUAUCAACAGGACUGUACCUGUGUUCUUGGGCACUAUGUCAAGGAUUUGGGCGUACUUGAGAGGGACCUUGCUAAGACGGUGGUUUUGGACAACGCUCCACACACAUACCCCUACCAUCUGAUGAAUAUGCUUCCCAUCAAGAGCUGGUCUGGGGAUAAGGAGGACAAAGAACUUCAAAAGCUCAUCCCGUAUCUUGAGAGAGUGUCAGGAACAGAUGAUUGCCGGGAAGUACUGAAGAGGAGGACAGACCACUUUCACAGACUGCUCUCUGAGGAUUGAGAAAAGGCUUCUGAUCAUCCUUCCAUAAACGUUUUAAUUACAAACAUGAACUAGAUCUACUAUCCUAGUCCUUCUGUAUAAUCCCUGAAUGACCAAAAGGUUACUGAUAGUGUGUCAAUUUAACAUGCAGAGUUUCUAUAUCGUUCCCAAACAUUUCUCACUCUGCCCAGCAAUAAAUUGCUAAUAGUUGAAAAAUGAACUACUGAAUAUAAUGACGCAAUUUAAAAUAUGUUCUUCAUACUUAAUAAUCCUAAUUUAUUGACAGAAAAUAGCUUUUUAGAAGCCGUUAUGUACAUAUUCAUUGAUUAUUUUAGUGACAUGAGUGGAUUUUUCACCUCAACUAAAGCCAGAAAAAGUUUCUGUAAAUAAUAAAAUAAAACAACUUAAACCA